AGCUCCUCCCCUUCCCUGCCUCCUCUGUCGCUCCCUCACUUACUUUUGGUCCCUCUCAUAAUCUUUGCCUACUAUCUGACCACACAGAACCGCUGUGGCUUUCUGCUGCUGCUCGUCUUCAAAUCAUGGGAUAGUGACAGCACUUCAGCUGAGAUUUGGACAAUGUCAAUGGAGCUGUUCAAUGGGCACUUUCCCUCUCAUCUCAUUUGAGGAUUACCACAGGAAGAGUGUGUCUGCAUGUGGUUGUGUAUGUGUCGGUCCAGCACCAUGCCUGCUUCUGAUGGUCUCGGGUCCUGCAGCAGGAGUGGAUCAUCAUGAGAGGGGGUCACCACCAGCGAGGGUGUGGUUGUCAGCACCUGUUCAGAAAACUGCUCAGCAAAUGUGGCUGCUGCAUUGUCCGAGUCAGAGCAGAGUCGUACUCUGUGGCGGGCAGUGACGGUAGUAUCAACCCAUCAGCGGGCCCUGUGCCCCACCAAGCCUCAGGCAACUCCAGCCCCUGCUCACACUCCUCGUCUGGAGGAUCACGGCACCCUGUCAGCGCUCUGAAGAAGUGGCUCACCAACCCCGUCCGCAAACUGAGCUCUGAUGCCAGAGGAGGAGCAGGAAAAGCUGAGAAGCAGAUGUGCAGGUCAGACGGGAGGCAGCCGCCAUUGGUUCUUUCCCACAAUGAGGCUCAGCUGAGGCCUCUGGAGCCACUCACUAACUACAGCAUCCUCCCCUCUGGAGACACGAUGUGGGGAGACGGUCUGUCAAGUCCAGCAGCUUCUUCCCCUACCCAGCCGUCCUGUCAGAGCCAUGUAUCCUCCCUCCUGCAAGGCAAAGAAACACAGAGUCUGAGUCAAAAAUCCAGCAUCAACACUCUCCAGGGCGAAGACAGCUGCGCCGUGACUGAUGACUCAGGAAGUCAGUGGUCUGCCACGGUGGACAGUGAAGAGGAGAGAAACGUUGCCUUAGAGAAGAGCAUAUACGUGCUCACAGAGCUGAUAGAGACAGAGAGGUUGUAUGUGGAAGAUCUUGGACUCAUAGUGCAGGGCUACAUGACCAGUAUGUCCAAUCAAGGAGUUCCGGAGGACAUGAAGGGGAAGGACAGGAUUGUGUUUGGAAACAUCCACCAGAUCUAUGACUGGCAUAAAGAUUAUUUCCUGGGAGAGCUGGAGAAGUGUGUGGUGGAUCCAGACAGCCUGUCCCAGCUCUUCAUCAAACACGAGCGGCGUCUUCACAUGUAUGUUGUUUACUGUCAGAACAAACCCAAGUCAGAGCAUAUUGUCUCUGAGUACAUUGAGACCUACUUCGAGGAUCUCAGGCAGCAGUUGGGUCACAGGCUGCAGCUCAAUGACCUGCUCAUCAAACCUGUUCAGAGGAUCAUGAAGUAUCAGCUGCUGCUGAAGGAUUUCCUGAAGCACUACAGUAAAGCAGGGAUGGAUGUUGAGGAGCUGCAGAGGGCUGUGGAGGUGAUGUGUUUUGUGCCAAAACGCUGCAAUGAUAUGAUGAAUGUCGGCCGGCUUCAAGGUUUCGAGGGUAAAAUCACAGCUCAGGGGAAGCUGCUCCAGCAGGACACCUUCUCCGUCAGCGAUCAGGAAAGUGGCUGCGUGUCCAGAGCCAGGGAGAGGCGGGUUUUCCUAUUUGAGCAGCUAGUCAUCUUCAGCGAGCCAAUCGACAAGAAAAAAGGCUUCAUAUUGCCGGGAUACACUUUUAAAAACAGCAUCAAGGUCAGCUGUUUGGGUGUGGAGGAGCACACAGAAGACGAUCUGUGCUGUCUGGUCCUGACCUCCCGGGGGAAUGACGGCAGCGUGGCACGCUUCAUCAUGCAGGCAUCGUCUCCAGAAACCCAGCUGGCUUGGUUCAGCGACGUGGUCCAGAUCCUAGAGAACCAGAGGAACUUUCUAAAUGCUCUUCAGUCCCCGAUAGAGUACCAGCGCAGAGAAAGCAAGUCAAACAGUCUGGGCAGAAACAUGAGGUCUCCAUCCGUGUCAGCAUCUGGCCUGGGACCUCAGUUGUCAGCCUCCAUGGACCGACGUCAGCAGCCCUGCCUGUUGUCCUACAACACCUCCCUGCCCUCUCUGCAUCCGCCCCAGCACAGCCCUGCCAACAAGGUGGUUUCCAACCCUUGUGCUGUGACACCUCGAGCAGCUCACCUGCCGCUCUCCUCCCACCAGCCGCUUAGUUUGAGCUCAGAGGUGAGACUCGACCGUGGGAUCAACGGUCUGGCUCCCUGCAGCCCACACAGCCUGCAGACUUCCACCAGGAGGAGGAAAUGGUUUGAUCACCGACCUCCUAUUAAUCAGGUUUAUCUGGCCUGAUUCCACAAAGUCCUUCUUGUCCUUUCUUCUCCCUCUUGGUGUUUUUGGAUCUGCAGAGUUUCCAUCCGGCUUUGGGUGCAGACACACAAACGUGUUUCCUUUUUACCUAAGCUCAUCUGAGGUGUUGAUCCUCCAGUCUUCAAGACUUUCCUAAACUGUUAUGACUCAUUGUCGGUUUCUCAACAGCAUGACUCUCCAGUAUCUGACAGACACUCCUAUUAUCUUUAAAGUAAAAUCCAGCACCAGCGGUUAAACAAACCUUCAUGCAUCUUCUUUGGAGAAGAACAAAAAUGGGCAUUUCUUUGUACGUAGGUCCUUUUAAAAGCUGUGGUAAUCACUAUUUCUGUAACAACAAUGUAUCACGUGACUUUGGGAGUGUGAUGAAUGCACAAAGAAGUAUCAUCGGCCUCUGCAGUUUUUCCCAGUGCUCAGUGUUUUAGCAUCUUUCAGUUCACUGUAUUGGUUGCCGAACCCACAACUUUAUUUCACAGCAGAUAAAUCUUUUAUAUGAAACAACAAUCUAUAAACCUAAUAAACGAGCUCAUCGCCCAAAGCCGGACAACUUGCUGCUGAACAUAGUGAAUUGUUUAGCUUUUUCUCAGUAUUCGGUGGAGACCAAAAACAGAGCUAAAAGGAGACGGGAUACUGGACUUACUUUCACCAGGUGGCCAGAAACAUGACUACAAAUCCCAAAUGAGUGAUAAUGUUGCUCCAUGUCUCCUGGAAGGUGUAGUAACAUGUCAAAGUUGCCUUUACAGCUUGUUCUGCUGCCCCCAGGUGGCCAAAAAAAAUAAAUGAUAAACAGUCUUUGUUUAUGAUUUAUGAUUUUUAAUGUUUAGUUAGUUAUGAGUAAUGUAUUGUAAGUUUAAAAUGAUGUCAACGUUUUAUCCUCUGGUAGUCUAUAAAUAAGAACAACAGAUGUUGGAUUGAAAAGGAGACAAUAUUGAGGCAGUUCUUCAUAGAAUUAUACACGCAAAGCUGUUCAUACCUUUCGUAAUCUAUCAUACAAACCGUUUCAUGAGAAUACGUUGAAAUAAUGAACUCAUUGCUGUUUAUUCUCCCCUAAGUGUGUGACUGCUAACUUACAAGCGACCAUGUUAAAGGCUGAGGGCCGGACUUAUUCAGCACAUCAGCCAAACAACCUGGACCGGCUCACGGAGAGCGAGCAGUGACACCCUGUGAUGACGCAUGAACUCACUUUGUCUGGAUUCAGCUCCCGAGUUCUUUGUCAGCAUGAUUUGACUCUUUCACUCCUCUUUCAUCAAGGUGUCAGCGUCCUCACUUCAUGUCCCACAAUGACUUCCAUGCAGGGUCCGAUCUGGAUCUAAUUAGGCUUUUGUCCAUUCUGCACACCCUGCAUAUUCACAUCUACAGAGGAUGACAUGAGAUGAAAUGUGAAAAUACAGUUCUGAAGCACCACGGACACUCUACUUUUUUGUUUAUGUAUACAUUUUGUUAAAUUUUUCCUCCAUGAUUAUUUUUGUAAAAGAUCAUAUUUUUCAUAAAGGACCAAAUACACUUUAUUCUCCCCCAGAACUGUGCUCACAGUCCUGCGCUGUGUCCUAAAAAUGACUGUUUCCUUGAAUUCACUGGGCGACCGUAGAUUCCAGCCUCACUGUGGGAUCUGAAUCCAUACGAGUUGUUUUGUGUGUCUGUGAAUUCCUUCAACAUAACAAAUUAGCUUGUGCUUCCCCAUUGGUGAGCUAUUUAAAUCCGGCUAUUGUUAGAGCGUUAUCUGCACUCAACACACACGCGUCACACAAAGCGUGUGUCAAAGUCAAGCAGAAAGAAAAAAAAAAGGGAACAAAGUUAAAACGGAGGUGCUCACAAGUCACUGUCGUCUUGUAUGUAAAUACUCUCAUGUCAGUUCAACUGUGACUUGUUAUGUCCUGAUACACAGAAAUAAAAAGACAUGCUGUUCAGAUAA